GUAUCAUGGAGAGAAGGAUCAACGGUACUAUCUUAGAGACUGGAAGUAUUAAUUAUUUGUGAAUAGUCGGUCUGCCGGUGUGCUUUCCUCUCGGACAAGCACUGAGUUUAACUCGCCGCAACUUUCGGGAUUUGUUUGUUCGGUUGAGUCAACGGCAAAGUCCCUUUUUUUUUCUUUUCCCCCUUCGGCUCGCAACGCGUCACAGCAUCGCGAUGCCCCACCAUUACCCCUCAUUAGCCCCCACCAUCACAAGAACACUCACCGGGCUGCUCCUCCGAUCUCCCCCACUGCCGCUGCCACGUACACUACUUUUGCUAUCUAGACCAGAUCUUCGAGCCAAGAGAAAUUACUCUACAAGCGAAUCGGCCAUGCCGCCAAACGAAGAUGAUGUGAGGGAAACGGCGAAGGAAACGGGAAGGGAAAGGGAGAAAGCAAGGGGAAAGGCAAAGGAAAAGGCCGGGAAGGAGAAGAGAGGGUUUGAGUUGAAGGUUCCUAAGGGAACGAAGGAUUGGGAGGGGAAGGAUAUGGUUAUCCGUGAUAGGAUAUUUUCUACCAUCACGGAUGUGUUUAAGCGCCAUGGGGCCGUUACCAUCGAUACUCCGUACGUAUGCUCGCUUUCUCUCUCUCCUCUAGCGGAAGGAGGGCAAGCAAACAAAGGUAGCUGACCGGUGAGGUAUUAGCGUCUUUGAACUCCGUGAAGUCCUCACAGGCAAAUACGGAGAGGACUCCAAGCUGAUCUACGACCUGGCGGAUCAGGGCGGAGAAAUCUGUUCCCUGCGCUACGACCUGACGGUCCCGUUUGCGCGCUGGCUCGCUAUGAACCCGUCUGUCCAGAACAUAAAGCGCUACCACAUCGCCAAGGUAUACCGCCGUGAUCAACCCGCUAUGACCAAAGGCCGGAUGAGGGAGUUCUACCAGUGUGAUUUCGAUAUCGCCGGCACCUACGAUCCUAUGCUUCCUGAUGCUGAGAUCUUGAGGAUCACUGCGGAGAUCUUGGAUAGUCUGAACUUGGGCAGCUAUACUAUCAAAAUUAAUCAUCGGAAGAUUCUCGACGGGUUGUUUCAGGUCUGUGGCGUUCCGACGGACAAGAUUCGGAGUAUUUCCAGUGCGGUGGAUAAGCUGGAUAAAGUAUGUCGAGUGAUUUGAUGUGCUGGAAUAGGUUGCUAACCUGUGCUUAUCGUGUAGGCUACAUGGGAAGAGGUGCGUAAGGAGAUGACGGAGGAGAAAGGGUUAGCUCCGGAGGUCGCCGACAAGAUCGGAGAAUACGUUCAGAAGAAGGGUGGGAAAGAGCUGCUGGACGAGUUAUUAGGGGAUGAAACCCUGACCGGCAAUGAAUCCUUCGUUGGCGGUCUCAAAGAUAUGAGUCUUCUGUUCGACUAUCUCGAAGUUCUUUGCGUCAUGCCAAAGCUCUCCUUUGACCUUUCCCUCGCUCGCGGGGUAAUCCCCCCUCUUUUCUCCAUUCCCAAUUUACUCAGAAUCUAACCGGAAACCCAGCUAGACUACUACACAGGCAUAAUCUAUGAGGUAGUGACCGAAGCCUCCGCCCCACCAGCCGGCAAAUCCGCCAAAUCGCACCGGGCGCCUAAACCUGACGACCCAGACGCCGACCGCUCAAACGACGACUCCAUCGGCAUCGGGUCGAUCGCUGCAGGCGGUAGAUACGACGAACUAGUCGGCAUGUUUGCCAAGAGCGCCAAGGGCCGCGUUCCCUGCGUCGGUAUAUCCUUCGGUGUAGAUCGUAUCUUCAGCAUUACAAAGGCACGCAUGACGGGCGAAGUCCGCGGCAAUGAAGUAGAAGUAUACGUCAUGGCGUUUGGCGGUAAAGGAUUCACAGGAUUGCUUAAAGAACGCAUGGAGGUUUGCAGAAUUCUCUGGGAUGCUGGCAUUAAGGUCCCCUUCCCCUCCCUCCUCUAUCUAGAGCAGAUACUAACGGAUACAGGCCGAAUUCAUGUACAAGAAUAAGCCUAAGCUUCCCCCGCAAUUCGCUAAUGCGGAUAGGGGCGGUGUCCCUUUCGCUGUCGUUCUCGGCGAGGAUGAGCUGAAGGAGGGCAAAGUCAAGGUCAAAGAGAUGGGGCUGCCAGAAGGUCAUCCUGAGAAGAAUGGUGUGGACGUCAGCAUGGACGACCUGGUUGCCCAGAUUCGCAAAAGACUUGCGCAGAAGGAGGAGAGGACUGGGGCUGCCGGCAUCGAGGGGGAUUUACAGGGGGUUACCUUGGAGGGGGAGAAGAUUCCUGAGGUGUAGAUUAUUAGAUACUAGUACCGGUAGUUGAUGCGCGCUCUUUCUGGGGAUGAUAUAUCCAACUCAGAUCUCCUCUUU